AUGGCCACAGGCGGGAGCGCGAGCACGCCCAUCGUGGGAGACUACAACCCGGAGCGAGUCGAGCAAUUAUUCGACAUUCCCAGGCCGGAGCAGGGCAACAUCUACGUCGAGGCUGAGAAUGCCGCACGAACACCAUCUGGAGCGCAAGAAUCGCAACUCUCCGGCUCCACUCCCGGCAUCAACACUGCUGAUCAUGCCGAUGAUUCGUACCUCACAGCAAACGGCAGAGAGGCGGCCGAGAGCAUCAACGACGAUAAGAAGUCCUCCGGCUUCAACAGCGAUGACGAUCAGCCCAUCAACGCAGAGGAGCGCAAUAUUCUCAGGCGACUGGCCACAAACUCGCGCCGCUCAAUGAAUAACACGAACGAAGACCCGGAAGCUCUGCAAAGGACGGGAACGCUCGACGGCCUCGGUAUGGACGACCCGGUCUUUGAUCCGAACAGCCCGCGUUUCGACCUCUACAAGUGGUUGAAGCUCACCCUCAAAUUGGUCAACGAUGAGGACAUCAAGAUCAAGCGUUCCGGUCUUGCUUUCAAGGACUUGCACGUCAGUGGAAGCGGCUCAGCGCUCAACUUGCAGCCGACUGUCAGCAGCAUGUUGAGUGCUCCUCUGCGAAUAGGGGAGAUGUUCAGCAUGGCAAAGAAACCUCACAAGCAAAUCCUGCGCAGCUUUGACGGUCUGAUGAAGAGCGGAGAGCUACUGAUCGUGCUUGGUCGUCCGGGUUCAGGCUGCAGUACUCUUCUCAAAUCCCUGACCGGUCAAAUGCAUGGUCUUACGAUGGAUGAGAAGACCACCAUUCACUACAACGGUAUCGAUCAGAAGCAGAUGAUCAAGGAGUUCCAGGGUGAAGUUAUCUACAAUCAAGAGGUGGACAAGCACUUCCCGCAUUUGACAGUCGGUCAGACGCUCGAGCAUGCCGCGGCGUUGAGAAUGUCGCAGCAACGACCUCUUGGGACUUCCCGUCAGAGUGCGGUGGAGUACCUCACGCAGGUCGUCAUGGCUGUGUACGGGCUCAGUCACACAUACAACACCAAGGUCGGCAAUGACUUCGUCCGUGGUGUCAGUGGAGGAGAGCGAAAGCGUGUCUCCAUCGCUGAGAUGGCUCUCGCCGGCUCGGCUUUGGCAGCUUGGGACAACUCGACUCGUGGUCUCGACUCCGCCACUGCCCUCACAUUCAUCAAGGCUCUCCGUCUCAAUGCCGACCUCGUUGGAUCCGCACACGCCGUCGCUAUCUACCAAGCAUCUCAAGCCAUCUACGAUCUCUUCGACAAGGCGAUUGUCCUGUAUGAAGGCCGCGAGAUUUUCUUCGGUAAGGCGAGUGUCGCGAAGAAGUACUUUGAGGACAUGGGCUUCUACUGCCCCUCCCGACAGACGACAGGAGACUUCCUCACCUCCGUCACCAACCCCGCAGAACGCCAACUCCGCGAAGGCUACGAAGACCGCGCUCCACGCACCGCCGACGACUUUGAAAAGUACUGGCACGAUUCGCCCGAGUACCAGACCCUUCAGAAGGAAAUUCAGGCAUACGAGGAGGAGUACCCCGUCGGCAACUCCUCCGAACUCGAAGCUUUCCGCAGCUUCAAGAACGACAACCAAGCCAAGCACGCCCGCCCGAAGUCCCCUUACGUCGUCUCCGUGCCCAUGCAGAUCAAGCUCAACACCAAGCGAUCCUGGCAGCGCAUCUGGGGUGACAAGGCGCAGACCUUCACGCCCAUGAUCUUCAACGUCAUCAUCGCUCUCAUCAUCGGUUCCAUCUUCUUCAACAGUCCACCUGCGACUUCCGCCUUCACUGCGAGAGGAGCUGUGCUGUUCUUUGCUAUUCUGAUCAACGCUCUGUCGGCCAUCUCGGAAAUCAACUCGCUAUACGAUCAACGUCCGAUUGUGGAAAAGCAUAAAUCCUAUGCUUUCUACCAUCCUGCAACAGAAGCAAUCGCCGGUAUCGUCAUGGAUGUGCCGCUGAAAUUCGUGGUCGCCGUGUGCUUCAACUUAGUGCUGUACUUCAUGUCUGGCCUCCGACGCGAACCGGCGCAGUUCUUCCUGUUCUUCCUCAUCGCUUUCGUGUCGACUUUCGUCAUGAGCGCCGUGUUCCGAACAUUGGCUGCGCUGACCAAGACGAUCUCCCAAGCUAUGGCGCUGUCCGGAGUCAUGGUCCUCGCACUGGUCAUCUACACAGGGUUCGUUGUGCCAACCAAGUACAUGAAGCCGUGGUUUGGCUGGAUUCGAUGGAUCAACCCGAUCUUCUACGCUUUCGAGAUUCUCGUCGCCAACGAGUUCCACGCAAGAGAGUUCGAGUGCUCGCAGUUCAUCCCAACCUACACUCAGUUCGGCGGUGAGACUUUCAUCUGCAGCGUCGUUGGCGCUGUUGCCGGUGAGCUCACCGUCACCGGAGAUGCUUACAUCGCCGAGAUGUAUGGCUACUACUACUCGCACGUGUGGAGGAACUUCGGUAUCCUGCUGGCCUUCUUCUUCGCUUUCAUGGUCAUCUACUUUGUCGCUGUCGAGCUCAACUCCAGCACUUCCUCCACCGCCGAGGUCCUGGUCUUCCGCCGUGGACAUGUUCCCGCUUACAUGCAGAACAUUGACAAGCCUGGGAAGGAAGAUGGCGAGGCUGCUGCCGCUGAGAAGGGACCUGAGAAAGGUGACGAGGGCGGCGACGUUAGCGCCAUCCCACCACAGACUGACAUCUUCACUUGGCGCGACGUGGACUAUGAUAUUGAGAUCAAGGGCGAGCCGCGCCGACUCCUCGACCACGUCUCUGGCUGGGUCAAGCCAGGUACUCUGACCGCUCUGAUGGGAACUUCUGGAGCCGGAAAGACCACCCUUCUCGAUGUGCUCGCCCAACGUACCACUAUGGGUGUUGUUACCGGAAACAUGUUCGUCAAUGGCGCUCCUCUCGAUGAUUCUUUCCAGCGCAAGACUGGGUACGUCCAACAGCAGGAUCUUCAUCUCGAAACCUCGACCGUCCGUGAAUCGCUUCGCUUCUCCGCUAUGCUUCGUCAACCUCGUACUGUCAGCAAGCAAGAAAAGUACGAGUACGUCGAGGAGGUUAUCAAGAUGCUGAACAUGGAGGACUUCGCCGAGGCUGUUGUCGGUGUUCCCGGAGAAGGUCUCAACGUCGAGCAGCGUAAGCUGCUUACGAUCGGUGUGGAACUCGCUGCUAAGCCAAAACUCCUCCUCUUCUUGGACGAGCCUACCUCCGGUCUCGACUCCCAAUCCGCUUGGGCUAUCUGCGCCUUCCUUCGCAAGCUCGCCGACGCCGGUCAAGCUGUGCUCUGCACAAUUCACCAGCCGUCCGCCAUCCUUUUCCAAGAGUUCGACCGCUUGCUCUUCCUCCGCAAGGGAGGUCACACCGUCUACUUCGGUGACAUCGGCAAGAACUCCCGCACUCUGCUGGACUACUUCGAGAGCAACGGUGCCCGCGACUGUGGUGAAGAGGAGAACCCGGCUGAAUACAUGCUUGAGAUUGUUGGUGACGAUUCGUCUGACUGGGUUGGAACUUGGAACGACAGCAAGGAAGCCGGCGAGGUACAGCAGGAGAUCGAACGCAUCCACAAGGAACGCUCCUCCGCGGCGAAGAACUCGACCGACGACAACGACGACCCCUACGCCCACGCCGAAUUCGCCAUGCCUUUCGGCGCCCAACUCAAGAUGGUCACUCACCGCGUGUUCCAACAAUACUGGCGUAUGCCGAGCUACCUGUUCGCGAAAAUGGCUCUCUCCAUCGCCGCUGGUCUCUUCAUCGGUUUCUCCUUCUACUCCGCCGACGCCACCCUCCAGGGAAUGCAGAACGUCAUCUACUCUCUCUUCAUGCUGACCACCAUCUUCUCGACUCUGGUCCAGCAAAUCCAGCCCCUCUUCGUCACCCAGCGCUCUCUGUACGAAGUCCGCGAGCGCCCAUCGAAAGCAUACUCCUGGAAAGCCUUCCUCAUCGCCAACAUGGUCGUCGAAAUUCCCUACCAGAUCAUCGCCGGCAUCCUCGUGUACGCGACCUUCUACUAUCCCGUCGUCGGCAUCCAGUCCUCCGAACGCCAGGUGCUGGUCAUGCUUCUCUGCAUCGUCCUCUUCGUCUACGCCUCGACAUUCGCACACAUGUGUAUCGCCGCCAUGCCGGACGCUCAAACCGCAGGAGCCAUCGUCACCUUCCUCUUCUUCAUGGCCCUCAUCUUCAACGGUGUCAUGCAGCCUCCCAGCGCCCUGCCAGGCUUCUGGAUCUUCAUGUACCGCGUCUCACCCUUCACUUACUGGGUCGCAUCCAUGGCCUCCGCCAUGCUACACGACCGUCAAGUCACCUGCUCCGACACGGAGAUCUCCACCUUCCAACCUCCUCAAGGCCAAACUUGUGGGCAAUACAUGCAACCCUACCUCGAAGGCGGCGCGGCCGGCUACCUGCAAAACCCCGACGCCACGGCCGACUGUGGAUACUGCUCCAUUCGAGUUGCGGACACCUUUCUCAGCGGCGUCGGCAUCUCCUGGUCCAACCGCUGGAGAGACUUCGGCCUCGUCUGGGUGUACGUCUUCUUCAAUUUGGGCAUGGCGGUGUUCCUGUACUGGUUCUUCCGCGUGCGCUCGCACUCCAAGAAGACUAGCAAGAAGAGCAAGAAGAGCGGCGACAAGAAGGGUGCCGCUGCCGUCGCGGGUACUGAGAAGGACGACAAGAAGGUCAAGAAGACCGACACGUCCUCUUCUUCCGAAGGCAACACUCCCGCUGCCGCUUCCGUCGACCCGGAAAAGGACGCGGAAGCUCAGCGCUCGGGCUCGACGACUUCGGCAAAAGCGGUGAAGAGACAGACUUCACGCACGGCGGGCCUGACGAGGACGGUCAGUGAGAUGGGACAGAGCGUGUUGACGACGAAUAAAGGCCGGUCGAGGGCGAAUGAGAGGAAUGCUCAUGUCUAUUAG